CAAAGGUUCGAGAUUUCAAACUAGCGGAUCCACAAUUUGAUUUGCCAGGAAAAAUCGACAUGCUGUGCGGAGCCGACCUCCUACCAUACCUUCGCCUCGGAGCACCCGUGGUCUUAGGUGCAAACAUGCCAAUGGCCAUACCAACUAUUUUCGGCACGGCCUUGAUGGGCCCCACGCCGGUGCAAGCACAGCAUUUGCACUGUGCACACUGCAAUACACUGUUAAACACGGAAGCACCUGUGAUACACAAAGUAUUUCACAUUCAAGCUGAUCGACCGAAAAUUUUCGUCGCAAACCGUGAAAACAAAUUCAAGUUGUCGCACUCCAACGUUAUUAAGAGUGUCUUCAAAUCAAAGGGAAACCUCGCUCACCUCAAUUUCGGACCCAAAAUGCGUCCCUUCGAAUCAAAUCAGCGGCAAGCUCCUCCGUUACCCCCAAACAAAGCGAACGUUCUUCGCCUAACAAAAACCUUACCCCUCAACGACAUUGGCCCAAACGGAUCUCUCCGUCAUCGGAUGGCUCCUGGUCGUCAUCCACCCGCGUUAACGUGCAAAAAUCAAAAUUCAAAUUCAAGCGAUUACCAUCUCGUAAUCCACCACGUUCUUACGAUGAUCCAAUCAACUCAUUCUCCUCCCGCAAGACGAGAAAAAUCAUCAGAGCUUUGGGAUGGCGAUCUCCUACCGGUGUCCGCUCUUGCGACCACACCCUGGGGUCAAAUAUAGUUGAACACGGGGGUUCAAAGCGGGGAGUGUGUUAAGAAUCCCGCUAUGCGCUGCGCGUGCCCACUCUCGUUAUCCCGCUAUGCGCCGCGCGUGCCCACUGCGCCCCGGGGAUUCCCGGAUCCGCGCUUACUAUUUUCGCCGCUAGAGCGCGCUCCCCGUAGACCUGCCGUUGCGGUCCAUUCAAAGGCCGCUUAAAGGGCAGUAACCGAAACCUUUGCCCCUUUGACGUGGUAAACACAUAAUUCAUGGACGUCUAACCCGUCUUACCGGGAUUUCCAGCUGAAAGGCUCAAAUGGAGCCUUUUGGCAGCGCUCCGUGCGCGGCCAUCCCGUCAAUGGGGCCCGCACCCGUUUCACCUGGGCUCUGCCCACUUCUUUCAUUCAUCACUCACGAUUUCAUUGUAUCAAGUCUCUUCUUCAAACCUCCUGAGUUCAUUGUCUCAUGUUCUUCCUACGUCUACAAGUAAGUACGAGUAAGUAUACGGAGCUGCUAAGCAUUUCGGCGCUCCUUUCCUUCAUUCGGCGCUACGUUCUUACGGCGCUAAGACCUCUUCAACAAGGGUUGCCACGGCUUUCGGUACCCUUCUUCGGCGCUACGUUCUUACGGCGCUAAGACUUCUUCAACAGGGUUGCCACGUCUUUCGGUACUCUGCUUCUCUUCUUCGGCGCUACGUUCUUACGGCGCUAAGACUUCUUCAACAGGGUUGCCACGUCUUUCGGUACUCUGCUUCUCUUCUUCGGCGCUACGUUCUUACGGCGCUAAGACUUCUUCAACAGGGUUGCCACGUCUUUCGGUACUCUGCUUCUCUUCUUCGGCGCUACGUUCUUACGGCGCUAAGACUUCUUCAACAGGGUUGCCACGUCUUUCGGUACUCUGCUUCUCUUCUUAUGCGCUACGUCCUAUACGGCGCUAAGACUUCUUCAACAGGGUUGCCACGUUUUUCGGCACUCUGCUUCGGUGCUAAGCUUUACGGUGCCACGAACUCUUCUUCAAGGGCGAUCCUCAAUCUCACGCCCCUUCGUUCUCUCUCUCCUCUCUCUUCUUCACAUUCCUUUAACUUCUCUCAACAACUCUUUCUCACUCUACAUUUCUUCUUCUUUCUCUUCCUAAGUUAUUCUUGUUGCCCUGCCUUUAAGGUGGCUGCCUGCGAGACUAUCCUCGGGAUGACUUCUUUUCUUCUUCUCUUUCCUAUCCCACUUUUCUAGGUGUU